CCUCGAUAAGUCUAUAAUUGGAGAUUUUCAAUUAUGGCGAAUUUUUUCCUCGUUUCAUUUUUAUGAUGUUCGUCGUAUAUCUUAUACCGAUACGCUGGGUUGACAAUUUGGUGAAUUCUCACAGCCAUCUUUGAAAAUGUCACCAAGAUUGUUACACCGUUUAUUCUUAACAUGGACCUUCAAGUGAAUUUUCCAGGACGUUGUAAGUGAAACUGUUACAAUGGAAAAAGUGCCCACCCUUAGGGAGGUGUCCAUUCAGCUACAAAGUACAACAAUAGACAUAAGGCUGAAAAACGCACAAUUAGCUGGGGUCAUUGAGUAUUUAGACGCUGGAUAUGAGCCGCAUGUACAUGAUUUUUGCCCUAACAGAGCAAAAUUCUUGGAUCACCGACUCUUGUCAUUAAAGGACGACUUAAGAAAUUUGGAAUUUAAUAUUAAAGAAUAUGUAUCAAAAUUGGGAGAGGCUAGAUUAAGAGUUCCUAAAGGUGGCCCACAUCCUUCCUCGAAAACCGACAGUGGAAUUGGAAUGCCGCCAGAUACUAGUAGAUUUUCACUUUGUCAAAAGAAAGAAGGGAAUGAUGUUGGUGAUGGUGAUUUUUAAAGACUUGAUUUUUCGCCGAUCAUGAAAAUGGCGAUGAUUAUAACCAUGGUGAGAGAUAUUGAUGAACAAAUGUACCGCAAUGAGCAACAUACAUGUAUACAGUAUGAUGCAGUAAUUACUCGUACAAAACGAAACGGCAAUGUGUUUACACUGGUGACGAAACAUUCUUUGUUCAAUAUAAUACAAUGAAAUUAUUAUGGUUCAUUCAUGUACUCAAACAUUAAGCACACCGGUAUCAAAAGUACAUGUAAUGCCAUAAUCUAAUACUUGUGAAAUCCGCUGUGUUCUAUAAAUGUAAAGAUUAUUGACGAUAUUGGUCAUAUUAUAUGUUAUUUUGUACGUGUUUGUCGAGACAGAAAUAUAUUAUUUCUGUAAUACGUAUCACAAUGAACUGAUUGUUAUUUGUUGGUUAUUUAAUGCAUGUAGAUGUUUUGAUGUAUAAUGAUGUUUUACUAGUAUUCAAGUCUUUCAUCUUAAAAAAAACUAAAAAUUGUUCAGUUCCAACUAAUGUUUUCUGAAUGCUAUAUAAUUUGAAUAAAAAGAUAUCAACAAGCAAUGUUGGUGGAGGGAGUGGCACUGUCUUUCUGCUGUGAAAUAUUUUCUUUACAUGCAGCUAGGUCAUGUGAUACUAUUUAUAGUAUAUAAAUGUAUAUUUCAUUGUACUUUUACAAUUAACCAUUAACCAAGUGCCCAUCUACAUUUGCAUCAUGUAUUAUAACGACUGUUUUUUUAUGACGUGUUUGAAAUAAAAGAUUCA